ACGCGCGGAGAGAGCUGUAGGCGGGUGUUGUAUGUACAGCGGCUUAACAUACAGAAGAGGUGACAUAAAGAAAGGGAGUUUCCGACGCUUUUGGGUGGACGGUGCAUAGAAAAGGGGGCGAUUUUACUACUUCGGUCAGUAUCCUGCACGCCUGGAAGUGUCAGCGGUCAUAUCUUCAGGGUUAAGCAAACACUUGCCUGUUUACUGAAAGUCCUCUGCAGAUGGUUCCCACUGAGGCAGACUAGAACAUCGAAUCGAAAGAACAAGAGGACCUAACAAUUUCCUUUAAUCAAGAUCUAGAUCACAGAAAAAACGUCCUACCAUGGUCCAGUCCGAAUGCUGGCUUCUCAGGGGGCUGCUGGGUUUUAUUUGUCUAUUACCAGUGUGCAGUAGUGCAGCUCCAGAUCUCUGUGGACCUCUGAAAACAGUCCAAGACAGUCUAAAUGCAACCUUAAGGAGACGUUAUAUGAAAAUGCACUUUCCCAUUAAUUACACUGUCCAAGUGCGUUAUGAGGAGGUGUUCAGACUGCGAAACAUCAGCAGACUGGUGAAUACGAGUAAUGAAGAAGAGCCAGUGCUGCCGAGAGAUCUCCAGGAUUUGUGGCUUUACGUGAGUCAACAGGGCAUUAAGAAGGUCUUACGGGUACUGCCAGAGAGGCAUCCAACGCGGCGUAAAUACCUCUCUGAUCUGGAGAAUCUCUUUAAAAAAUUUGAGACGGUUUUUAAAGAAGGGAAUCACGAAGACCAAGAGAAUGUCAGAGAACGUCCAGAGAGCUUACAAACCAUCUGGGAUCACUUGACGGAACAAGAUUAUAAAGGAUGGAAGUCAGUCACACCCAAAUCAAUCCUUGAUAACUGUUAUCGGACCAUGCUUUGCCUGUUUAAAGAGUGCUUCACAAAAGAGGAUGACAAUUAUGAUUAUUGUGAAGUCUAUAACAGGAGGAAAGAAAGGAAAACAACAUAGCAGCAGAUCUUAGCGGAUCUAAUCCUGUCUCCGUGUUGCUGUUGUAGGGUGUUAACUGGUUUAUGUAGUGACACGCAGCAUGCUUGUGUGCCUCUUGUCCUAUUGAAGUCAUGGACUGCCUCCACCGGUGUUUGCCAUAUUGAAAAACACAGCAGCAGUCAAACCACUUGGAAGACACUCUACUGACCCUGCAGCUAUUGCUCUCCGUCAUUCAAACCUCCAUACAUCCACCCGCCCGCCAUCUUGCAUAUUUAGGCAGCAUUUUGCUAAUAAAUCUUCAUGUGUGCAGUGCACUGUGCGUGUGCUUUUAUGGAGGAGAGCAGCUUUGGCUAAUUGCUGUAGCAUUUUAUAUUGGUUAUUUCCACAAAAAGUCUUUGCACUGUGACUUUUAUUUCUGAGGAAAUUAGAUAUUUUUUCACAUGCCAAAGCAGUAUGUUAGCAUUGCCGUGUUGUAAAUGUCAGUUAGGUGAGAUGUAAAAAAACGUGGAGCUUCUUUUUGUACACAUUUCAUUAGCAUGCAAAUCUUGUGCUGACUGCUGGCUUAGUCGGCACUGUUGCUUUUACCCGGAGACUGUUUACUUUUGUGCUUUAUUGCUGUUUCAAUGUUGAAAGACUGCACCAAAGUACUCCUGUUAAACUUUUUUUUCUAAAAGAUUGAUCGAGAGGGUUUGAUAUCAGGUUUGCAUAUGUUUUAUACACAGAUUUUUUAAUGUAGGUUAUUUAUUUGGACUCCUGCCACAGAAUGUUCUGGUAACUGUUGUAACUUGGCUUAGGGAAUAAACUUCUCACUA